AUGUCGUCCUCCUCGCAGUCGCAGUUCCUCAACGACCCGAACGCCGCGGUGUGCGAGAUGCUGACGUCGCUCGUGCGCGCGCACCCGGACGCGGCGCUCCUCGACGGGUUCCCGGACGUCAAGGUGGUCGUCCGCGCGGCGAGAGAUCCCGACCCCGACAAGGUGGCGCUCAUCUCCGGCGGAGGCAGCGGGCACGAGCCCUCGCACGCCGGGUUCGUCGGCGCCGGGAUGAUCGACGCCGCGGUGUGCGGCGACGUCUUCGCGUCGCCGUCCGUCGCCGCCGUCCUCGCGGCGAUCCGGCACGUCACCGGGCCCGCGGGAUGCCUCCUGAUCGUGAAAAACUACACCGGCGAUCGCCUCAACUUCGGCCUCGCCGCCGAGCGCGCCAAGCUCGAAGGGUACGCGGUCGAGAUGUGCGUCGUCGCGGACGACUGCGCGCUGCCGCCGCCGCUCGGCAUCGCGGGGCGGCGCGGCCUCGCCGGGACGCUGUUCGUGCACAAGUGCGCGGGCGCGGCGGCGGCGGCGGGAAUGGACCUCUCGGCCGUCGCGCGCGAGGCGCGCGCGACGGCGGCAGUCGUCGGCACGAUGGGCGUCGCGUCCGUCGCGCACGCGCUCCCGGGCGCCGCCGAGCGCGCGAGAGAGAUCCAGCGCGGGCAGAUCGAGCUCGGGUUGGGGAUCCACGGCGAGCCCGGCGCGCGCGUCGCGCCGGCGGCGCGCGCGGAUGAGGCGCGUUCUAUACACUGCGUGGACGGCGUCGUCGGCGACGUCGUCGUCAUGGUGAACAACCUCGGCGCGACGACGGGGAUGGAGCUCGCGGUCGUCGCGAACGCGGCGACGGCGUGGCUCGAGAAGAGACGCGUGAACUGCGCGAGGGUCUACGUCGGCGCUUUCAUGACCGCGCUCGACAUGACCGGGUUCUCGAUCUCGCUGCUGCGCAUCGACGCGGGGCUGGCGAGCGGGCGGUUGGAUCUGUUGGACGCGCCGACGGGCGCGCCGGCGUGGCCGAGGGCGGCGAAGGGCGUCGCGAAGCCGUAUCCGCUGCCGUCGCCGCCGGAGGGCGCGGGCGCGGCGGAUCACGACAUCGUGCGGGAGAACAUGACUUCGAAGCGCGAAAUACGUGCGAGUGAUGUAUCGACGGAGAUGUCGCGGAUCGAGCGAGCGACGCGCGCGGUGAAGGAGGCGCUCGAGGGCGCGGAGAAGGCGCUCACCGAGGCGGACACCAGAGUCGGCGACGGCGACUGCGGCGUCACGCACGUCAGAGGCGCGGCGGCGCUCUCGAGCGCCACGCCGUACAUGCACGACGGAGGCGAGGCGCUCUCGAAGAGCGAGCUCGCGCGGUCGAUCGGGCUCCAGAUCCGGAAGAGCAUGGGGGGCACGAGCGGGGCGCUGUACGACAUCGCGUUCGCGGCGGCGGCGGCGGCGAUGACGACGAAGGACGAGUGGUUCGUCGGGUUCGAGGCUGGGACGCGCGCGAUGAUGACGUACGGCGGCGCGAAAGCCGGGGACCGGACGAUACUCGACGCGCUGAUCCCCGCGAUGGAGGCGGCGAGGGAGGCGCUGCGGGCGGACGGCGCGGACGAGAUCGCGGCGUUGAGGGCGGCGGCGGCGGCGGCGGCGGCGGGGGCGGAGAAAACGAAGGAGAUGACCGCCGGCGCCGGUCGGAGUUCGUACGUCCCGGCGGAGGUGUUGAGGGACGUCGCGGACCCGGGGGCGACCGCGGCGGCGGUGUGGAUCGGCGCCGUGAGCGAGGCGUUCGCGAAGAGUUAG